GGGGACUCCGCCUUAGCUCUAUGUAUAGACGAGUUAGUACAUAGUAUGCAUGUGAGGCAGAAUGCCGACCCAAUCUCGACCGAGCUUACUAGAGUAGGAUAGCGCGGUAGAACGGGAAAAGUAAAAAGCAGACAGACAGCGUUAGUGUGCACAUUAUUAUGCGGUCAGAUGGAUUCAGAUUACGACCUGCUGUGCCAUGAGAGAAUCUGGGAAACGGUGGAUGUGGGACAACGACCAAAAUCGUUGCGCCAACAUCGCCUCCCUUGACUAUUGGCGGGAACUCCGAUCCAAAUAUAAACUUCCAUCUUCCAGCCGAAUCCCCCCUGUUCUCGUAAAGCAAAGCAAAGCAAAGCUAGGAACUGGCAAAGGA